AUGAAAACCGCGGUCCGAAGCGGCGCUUCCCGGUCGCCGACGCCAUCUGCGCCGUCUUUCUAUACAUAUCUUAAGCCCGGAGCCCUCGCCCAGCUCCGGUACUCUAAGAUGACCGCCAAAUCUAAAGAAAUCGGCGCGCGUACUCUGAUCGCUCUUGCACAGCUCGAAUUGAGUUCGGGAUCGGGUUUCCCCCAGCCGCAUUCGGCGAUGGAUGGGAUCCCGUGUUUUAACAUGAGGGUCAAGAGUUUUUCUCGGUGCCUCCAGCGUAAGAAGCUCGUGGCCGUGAAGCCGUUUUUCUUCGAGACUCAGUCAUGA